AAACCCCUGGGCGAUGAACCCGGAGCUAAUUACAUACCACUAGUAAGUAGUACUAUAUUCAUACCCCAUCUCCAGAGAACUGGUCAGGGAAAAUAUCCUCCACUUUUGGUUCGCUCCGAAGGCUCAUAAGCUUAAGUUACUCAAAACUCGGAGAGGUUACCUGCAUACACGACUGUACACGAAAUGCUUAUCCCGCUGCUGCUACUGUUCUACGGUGUUGGCAACAUCAGUGGCUCAACGCUUCCUGAUAACAGCACAGAUAUGCUCUCUCUUCUUGGUUUCAAGGAAGCCAUCACCAACGAUCCGUCAGGAGUCUUGAGCAACUGGAACACAAGCAUCCACCUCUGCAGUUGGAACGGCGUCUGGUGCAGCCCCAAGCACCCCGGGCGAGUCACGGCGCUCAACCUCGCCGGCCAAGGUUUGUCCGGCACAAUCAGCAGUUCAGUUGGAAACCUGACUUUUGUUCGUACGCUUGACCUAUCCAAUAAUAACUUCUCUGGCCAAAUGCCUCAUCUUGCCAAUCUCCAGAAGAUGCAAGUCCUUAAUCUUAGCUUCAAUACACUGGAUGGGAUUAUUCCAAACACCCUCACAAACUGUUCCAACAUGAGGAAACUAGAUCUCUAUACAAACUUGCUAGAGGGUGCGAUUCCUCCGCCAAUAGGUCGGCUUAGAAAUCUAGUUUACAUUGACCUUUCCCGGAAUAAUCUGACUGGGAUCAUCCCGGCAAGCCUAAAAAAUAUAUCCCUAUUAGAAACAAUCUAUCUUCAACGCAACCAACUUGAAGGAAGCAUUCCUGAUGAGCUUGGCCAAUUUUCAAAUAUUUCGUUGAUGGCCCUAGGGGCAAACAGGCUAUCAGGUAAUAUCCCAGCAAGCCUUUUCAAUUUGUCUUCCCUUCGAAUACUAGAAUUACGUGCAAAUCUGCUAGGAGGGAUUCUGCCUAGUAACAUGGGAAAUCAUCUCACUAAUCUACAACACCUCUUCAUGGGCCAGAACAUGUUCAAAGGUCAUGUACCAGCUUCCUUAGGCAACGCUUCAAUGCUAGAAACAAUAGUUUUACAAUCUAACAAUUUCACCGGCAGAAUCCCUACCUCCCUCGGGAAGCUAUCAAAUUUGUAUAAGUUGGACCUUGAACUAAACAUGCUUGAAGCAAAAGAUACUGAAGGAUGGAAAUUCCUGGAUGCGUUGACAAACUGCACUGCUCUAGAAGUGCUCGCAUUAGCUGAAAAUCAACUACAGGGAGUUAUACCAAAUUCAAUCGGUAGCCUAUCGAACACUCUUCGGUAUCUCGUGUUGGGUGGAAAUGAACUAUCUGGCAUAGUUCCCUCGUGCAUAGGGAACCUUUCUGGGUUAAUUCAACUGUCAUUAGAUGUAAACAAGCUCACAGGUUCGAUCAGCCCAUGGAUUGGAAAUCUUAAAUACUUGGAAUAUUUAAAUCUUGGAAAGAACAGAUUCACUGGGCCUAUUCCAUAUUCUAUUGGCAGUCUUACACGGCUGACAGAGCUCUAUCUGGAAAAAAAUGCAUUUGAAGGUCACAUACCACCCUCCUUGGGAAACCCUCCACUACUCUUAAAGCUGGAUCUUACCUACAACAAUCUUCAAGGCACCAUACCUUGGGAGAUUAGUAAUCUUAGACAACUCGUCUACCUGAAACUUACAUCAAACAAGCUUACUGGGAAUAUACCUAAUGCUUUGGACCGAUGCCAAAACUUAGUGACCAUCCAAAUGGACCAAAACUUUCUCACAGGAACCAUUCCAAUUUCUCUUGGCAACCUAAAAGGCUUGAGCGUACUAAAUCUUUCCCAUAACAUCUUAUCGGGCACCAUCCCAGCAGUACUGGGGGAUCUACCUCUACUCAGCAAGCUGGACCUUUCUUACAAUAAUCUCCAAGGAGAAAUACCAAGGAUUGAAUUAUUCAGAACAUCUGUUUAUCUUGAAGGCAAUAGGGGACUAUGUGGAGGAGUUAUGGAUCUCCAUAUGCCAUCGUGCCCCCAAGUUUCUCACAGAAAAGAAAGGAAGAGCAAUUUGACCAGAUUGUUGAUUCCAAUAGUUGGUUUCUUGUCACUCACAGUGCUGAUAUGCCUUAUAUACCUUGUGAAGAAGACACCAAGAAGAACAUAUCUAUCGUUGCUUUCUUUUGGAAAGCAGUUCCCUAGGGUUUCUUACAAGGAUAUAGCCCAAGCUACAGGGAACUUCUCACAGUCAAACUUAAUUGGAAGAGGAAGUUAUGGUUCAGUAUAUAAAGCGAAAUUAACUCCAGUUAAAAUACAAGUUGCUAUUAAAGUUUUUGACCUAGAGAUGAGAUGGGCAGACAAAAGCUUCGUAUCAGAAUGUGAGAUCUUAAGAAGCAUUCGACAUCGAAACCUUCUUCCUAUCCUAACGGCGUGUUCAACAAUAGACUAUAGUGGAAAUGAUUUCAAAGCUCUGAUUUAUGAAUACAUGCCUAAUGGGAACUUGGAUAUGUGGUUGCAUAAAAAAAAUACCGCUGUUGCUUCAAAAUGUUUGAGCUUAUCUCAGAGAGUAAAUAUAGCCGUGGACAUUGCUAAUGCACUGUCCUAUUUACACCACGAAUGUGAAAGAUCUAUUAUCCAUUGUGAUUUGAAGCCAAUGAAUAUCCUUCUUGACAGUGAUAUGAAUGCAUAUUUGGGAGACUUCGGAAUUUCAAGCCUCGUUCUUGAGUCUAAAUUUGCCUCACUUGGACAUUCCUGUCCAAAUAGCUUAAUCGGAUUGAAGGGAACCAUAGGGUAUAUAGCUCCAGAGUAUGCAGAGUGUGGCAAUGCAUCGACCUAUGGGGAUGUUUACGGUUUUGGAAUAGUACUUCUAGAGAUGCUGACAGGUAAAAGACCAACAGAUCCUAUGUUUGAGAAUGAGCUCAACAUUGUCAACUUUAUGGAGAAGAACUUCCCAGAGCAGAUACCACAUAUAAUUGAUGCUCAACUCCAAGAAGAAUGCAAAGGCUUCAAUCAAGAAAGGAUCGGGCAAGAAAAUAGGUUCUAUAAAUGCUUGUUGUCUGUAGUGCAGGUUGCUCUUUCGUGCACUCAUCCGAUCCCAAGAGAACGAAUGGACAUUAGAGAAAUAGCUAUUAAGCUGCAAGCAAUCAGAACAUCCUAUGCUGAAGCGACCAAGCGAGACGAUAUGCUUCGAAGAAGGGAGUUACAAUGUACCAUUGAACUUGUGUAAUUGUGUUGUCUGUUGGCUUUGAAUACAACGUGCAUAAAACAUGAUAAAUUGGCCAUCAGCAUACACUGGAUGUGUGUGUGAGGAACUACUCUUCUGUACUGCAAUAUAUAGUUGUGGGUUAAUUUUAUCAUCCUUAAAAAGAUAUUGGAAAGUAACAUAUUUUGUAGGUACCUUGAGUUACUUUCUCAAGAAUCGUAAAAUUUCUCAUA